AUGAUUGAAUCGAGUACCGCUCCUCCUGAACCCGUCCUCGAGGUACCACCACCUCAAGAGAUUAAAAUUCUGGAAACAGCUGAUGAUAUUCAGCUAUUGUCAGAUGUUGGAGGAAUAGGACAGGAAUCUAGUGAUAUCAUAUCACCCAGUGAAAUUUUGGUAUCGCUUAUUGUUAUUGAUUUUGAUUAUCAAGAUUUUUUAUUUUUUAAGAAUCGUCGUUCUGAAGUACUCGGUCAUUAUGCACAAUUUAAAGUCUAUGCGAAAACGAAACGCGAUCGUCUUGAGGAUGCGCGACAAUUUCAGUAUUUUAAGCGUGAUGCCGAUGAACUGGAAAUAUGGAUUCUAGAAAAGUUACAGACGGCCUCCGAAGAAUCAUUUCGCGAUCCUACAAAUCUACAGGCGAAGAUUCAAAAACAUGAAGCAUUUGAAGCUGAAGUUCAUGCACAUUCAAAUGCGAUUGCACAGCUUGAUAAAACUGGUAGUGAUAUGAUACAGCACGAUCAUUUUGCUUCUGAAAUUAUUCGAAAACGGCUUGACGAGUUACAUGCUUUAUGGGAUCAGCUGUUUUUCAAAUUGAAAGAUAAAGGUAUCAAAUUGCAACAAGCAUUAAAAUUGCUGCAAUUCAUUCGGCAGUGUGAUGAUGUUUUAUACUGGAUUCGAGACAAAGAAGCUUUUGUCACUGCGGAAGAUUUUGGAAUGGAUCUUGAACAUGUUGAGGUUCUUCAACGGAAAUUCGAGGAAUUUUUGAAGGAAUUAGGCAAUCAUCAUUAUCGUAUAACAGAGGUAAAUCAGGCAGCUGAUAAAUUAAUUGAAGAAGGUCACACUGAACAAAAUACCAUUUAUAACAAGAGAGAAGAAGUGAACGAAGCUUGGCAUCGCUUAAAUACGUUGGCAGCAACUCGACGUGAGGGACUUUUUGGAGCUCAUCAAGUUCAGCGCUUUAAUCGCGAUAUUGAUGAAACUUUAGCAUGGAUUGGUGAAAAAGAUGCAACAUUAUCUACUGAUGAUUAUGGUCGUGAUUUAAAUAAUGUUCAAGCAUUACAAAGAAAACAUGAAGGUACAGAAAGAGAUCUUGCUGCUCUUGAUGCCAAGAUGAAUUCAUUGGCAAUUGAGGCUGAUCGUCUCGCUCAAGUUCAUCCUGAUCGCGCUGAUGCUAUCAGUGCAAAAAUGAAUGAGGCAAAAGAUCAGUGGGCCGCAUUGAAACGAAAAGCUCAAGCACGGAAAGACGGGCUUGAUCGGUCGUAUAAUCUUCACAGGUUUCUAGCUGAUUAUCGUGAUCUUAGUUCUUGGAUCAAUGAUAUGAAGGCAGUUAUUUCAGCCGAUGAAUUGGCGAAGGAUGUUGCUGGUGCUGAAGCAUUGUUGGAAAGUCACCAAGAGCACAAAGGUGAAAUUGAUGCUCGUGAAGAUAGUUUUAACCAGACAGCGGAAGCGGGACAGCGUCUUUUGGAUGAAGAUUCCGAACAGUCCGAUGAUGUAAGAGAAAAGCUUGGUCACUUGGCGAAGAAAAAAGCUAGUUUAUUAUCUUUAUGGGAAGAAAGACGUAUUUUGUACGAACAGUGUAUGGAUCUACAACUAUUUUAUCGAGACACUGAGCAGGCUGAAACUUGGAUGACGAAACAAGAAGCAUUUUUGGCCAAUGAUGACCUUGGUGAUAGUCUCGAUAGUGUUGAAUCUUUGCUAAAAAAACACGAAGAUUUUGAAAAAUCUUUGGCUGCUCAGGAAGAAAAAAUUAAUGCAUUGGAUGAAUUUGCCACGAAAUUGAUUCAAGGUCAACAUUAUGCAGCGGAUGAUGUUUCUCGUCGUCGUGCUUUAUUACUUGAACGUAGACGACACUUGAUGCAAAGGGCUGCUGAACGUCGUCGUCAACUUGAGAAUUCGUACAGAUUACAGCAAUUUGAUCGCGAUUGUGAUGAGCUUUUGAGCUGGAUCAUGGAGAAACUUAAAACAGCCAAAGACGAUUCAUAUCUUGAUCCAACGAAUAUUCGCGGAAAACUACAAAAGCAUUUAAACUAUGAGCAAGAGUUGAAAGCGAAUAAGAAUCGACUUGAUGAAAUUAACACUACUGGACAAUCAUUAAUCGAAAAAAAUCACUAUGCAGCUGAUCACAUACGUAAGCGGCUUGGUGAAGUUGAUGGAAUGUGGGACGAGUUGGUUGAUGCAACGGCAAAAAAGGGUGCAAAAUUAAAGGAAGCUGGUGACCAACAACAAUUCAAUAGAAAUGUGGAGGAUGUUGAGCUGUGGUUAAGUGAAUUAGAAGGUCAGGUUGCUUCUGAAGAUUUCGGUAAAGAUCUUAUAUCUGUUCAGAAUUUGCAAAAGAAACUGGGUCUUCUCGAAAGCGACUAUAAUGCACAUCAAGAUCGUAUCGAUGCUAUCAAGCAACAAGCCAAAACUUUUUAUGACAGUGGACAUUUCGAUGCCCCAAUGAUUCUAAGGAAACAAGAAACUCUUCAUUCGCGUUAUGAAAAUCUACUUGAUCCUCUUAAUAAACGAAAAAAUAAACUCGCUGAAUCCUUAAAAGGAAACCAACUGUUUCGAGACAUCGAUGAUGAACUUGCAUGGAUACGUGAGAAAGAACAAGUUGCAGCUAGUACUAACAGAGGACGCGAUUUAAUAGGAGUUCAGAAUCUUAUCAAAAAACAGCAAGCACUGAUUGCUGAAAUAGCCAAUCAUGAACCACAGAUUGAUGCUGUAUCAGCAUCUGCAGAACAGAUGAUUAGUCAAGGACAUUUUCUUGCACCAGAUAUUCGUGACAAAUUAGCACAAUUACGCGAUAACUGGCGAAACUUAAAAGCAAAAGCUGAAAAGCGACGACAGGAACUGGAUGAUUCGCUACAGGCGCAUCAGUAUUUAGCAGAUGCAAAUGAAGCGGAAUCUUCGAUGCGAGAAAAAGAACCCGUUGUAGGUAGUACGGAUUAUGGAAAAGAUGAAGAUAGCGCUGAAUCACUUCUUAAGAAACAUCGUGCCUUAAUGUCCGAUUUAGAAGCGUUCAAAUCAACAAUUGAUGAACUGAGAAAACAAGCUAGUCAGUGUCGGUACCAGGAGCAGCCAGGUGGGCAGUUGGGACGAGAAUGUGUUAUGGCUCUUUAUGACUACACUGAAAAAUCCCCGAGAGAGGUUUCAAUCAAAAAAGGAGAUAUCCUUACUCUUCUCAAUUCAUCUAAUAAAGAUUGGUGGAAAGUGGAAGUAAACGAUCGGCAAGGUUUCGUCCCUGCUGCUUACGUAAAAAAAGUCGAACCUGGUGCAGCUCAGCGGCAAUCACAGCAGGUUUCAUCGAUCGGUGUGAAACAAAAUGAAAUUGAAGAUCAGUAUCAAAAAUUGUUGAUUCUGGGCGAAACUAGAAGACGAAAAUUGGAAGAAGCUUGUAAGGGAUAUCAGUUGCUUCGUGAAGCAAACGAUUUGGCAGAUUGGAUACGUUCGAGAGAAGCUGUUGCUGCUCAACAAGAAAUUGGUAGUGAUUUAGAACAAGUGGAAAUAUUACAAAAGAAAUUUGAUGACUUCAAAGGUGAUCUAAAAGCAAACGAAAUACGUUUGCAAGAAAUGAAUCAAAUUGCGACGGCACUUACAUCAGUGGGUCAAACUGAAACGGCUGUGCGCAUUAGGCAGCAAAUUGAUGAUUUGAAUGCACGUUGGCGUGCACUAGAAGAACAAACAGAACAACGGGAACAGCAGCUUGGUUCUGCUCAUGAAGUACAGCGUUUCCAUCGGGAUAUUGAUGAGACGAAGGAUUGGAUUCUAGAAAAAGACGAUGCACUCGAUUCAGAAGAUUUUGGUCGUGAUUUGCGUUCGGUUCAAGCUCUUCAACGAAAACAUGAAGGAGUUGAAAGAGAUUUGGCUGCUCUUGGCGAUAAGAUCAAAACAUUGGAUGAAAAGGCAAAUCGCCUACGACAGACUCAUCCUGAGGCAGCUGAGCAGAUUUAUGAUCUACAACGAGAACUUAAUGAACAGUGGAAUCGUUUGACGACCAAAGCCAAUAAUCGUAAAGAAAGAUUGCUCGACAGCUAUGAUUAUCAGCGCUUCCUUUCUGAUUUUCGUGAUCUUAUGCAAUGGAUAGCUGCUAUGAAUCAAUUAGUAUCUAGUGAUGAAUUGGCUAAUGAUGUGACUGGUGCAGAAGCUCUUUUGGAGCGUCAUCAAGAAUAUCGCACUGAAAUUGAUUCACGUGCGGCCACUUUUCAAGCAUUCGAGCAGUUUGGAAAUCAACUUUUGAACAGUCAUCAUUAUGCAUCUGAUAACAUCAAACAACGCUUGAAUGACGUCAAUGAGGCUCGAAGAAAACUCGAAGAUGCUUGGAUACAUCGUCGACAUGUAUUAGAUCAGUGCCUAGAGUUGCAGUUAUUCAAUCGCGACUGUGAACAAGCGGAUACAUGGAUGAGUGCUCGAGAAGCUUUCCUUAAUCAAGAGGAUACUGGUGAUAACGUUGAAAGUCUUAUCAAAAAGCAUGAGGACUUUGACAAAGCCAUAGCAUCUCAACAAGAAAAAAUAUCUGCUUUGCGAACGUUUGCCAACCAACUAAUCAAUUCUGAUCAUUAUGGAAAAGAUGCAGUCGCAGAUAAGCGUGAUCAAAUCCUCCAAAGAUGGGAUCGUCUGAAAAGUGCACUAAUUGAAAAAAGAAGUAAACUUGGUGAAUCACAAACGCUUCAACAAUUUUCACGCGACGCAGAUGAAAUUGAGAAUUGGAUCGCUGAAAAGUUCCAAGUUGCGCAAGAAGAAAACUAUCGUGAUCCUACGCAUAUCCAACAAAAGCAUCAGAAACAGCAGGCUUUCGAGGCGGAGUUGGCUGCCAAUGCGGAUCGUAUUGCCACUUUAAUUAGUGCUGGGCAAAAUUUAAUUGAUGGGAGUAAAUGCGCCGGAAGCGAGGAUGCUGUAUCGCAAAGGCUUAAAGCGCUGAAUGAUCAAUGGGAGAUGUUGGUGAAAACCACUUCCGAGAAAAGUUAUCGGCUAAAGGAAGCUAAUCGACAGAAAAGCUUUAUGGCGGCUGUCAAAGAUUUAGAAUUCUGGCUUGGUGAAAUCGAAGGACUUCUCGCUUCUGAGGAUUAUGGCAAAGAUCUUGCUUCUAUUGAAAAUCUGUUGAAAAAGCAUCAAUUACUCGAAGCUGAUAUUGCUGCUCAUGCCGACCGUGUGGCUGAAAUGAAUACACAAGCAGAUAAUCUUCUAGAAAACGAGCAAUUCGAUCGCCCUGAGAUCAACAACCGUCGUAAAAUUAUCAAUGAUCGAUAUGAAAAUGUAAAAAAAAUGGCGAAUUUACGUAGGGAUAACCUUAAUAAAGCAAUCACAGUACACCAGUUCCUCAGAGAUAUUGACGAUGAGGAAUCGUGGAUCAAAGAAAAGAAAUUACUUGUAUCGAGCGAUGAUUACGGUCGCGAUCUUACUGGUGUCCAAAAUCUGCGUAAGAAACAUCGACGUCUUGAUAACGAACUUGCAUCUCACGAACCGCAAGUCUUUUUGGUUCGUGAAAAAGGACUCGAGUUAGCGAAUAUGUCUAAUGUAUGUGCAUCGGAAAUAAAAGAUAGAAUGGCUGCUCUUGAAAAAAGUUGGGACGAAAUCAAGAAUAUUACUGGCAAGAGACACCAGAAAUUAAAUGAAAGUGAAGAUUUUCAAAUUUUCAUCGGAAAAGUUGAAGAAGAAGAGGCUUGGAUGAAUGAAAAGCAGCAGAUUCUCUCAUCCGAUAACUUUGGAGAGAAUAUGGCUGGUGUUCAAGGUCUUCUGAAAAAGCAUGAUGCUUUUGAAGCCGAUCUUGUUCUUCAUAAUCAACGAGUUGCUCAACUCAUAAAAGACGGGCAGAAGCUCAUAGAUGCUGGUAAUCAUCAUAGUCCAACGAUCAAGGCACGUUGUGAUCAGCUUCGAAAUCGCCUUGAUGAAAUUACUGAAUUGGCUCGUCGUAGGCUUCAGAAACUUCGAGAUAGUAGUGCUUAUCUACAGUUCAUAUGGAAAUGUGAUGUCGUUGAAAGUUGGAUUGCCGAAAAAGAACAACAAGUGCGAUCCGAUGAUUUUGGACGAGAUUUAUCAUCGGUACAGAUUCUGCUGACCAAACAAGAAGCAUUUGACGCUGGAUUAAAUGCUUUUGAGCACGAAGGAAUUCAGAGAAUUAGCGAAUUAAAAGACCAAUUAGUUAAUGCUCAACACGCACAGACACCAGCUAUUGAGAAGCGUUAUGGUAAUGUUAUAAUGCGAUGGCAACAAUUGUUGGGUAAUUCUAAUGCACGUCGUCAAAAAUUACUCAAAAUGCAAGAACAGUACAAGCAAAUUGAAGAAUUAUAUCUUACAUUCGCUAAAAAAGCGUCUGCAUUUAAUUCUUGGUUCGAAAAUGCUGAAGAAGAUUUAACAGAUCCGGUAAGAUGCAAUUCUUUGGAAGAAAUUAGCGCGUUACGUGAAGCUCAUGCAGAAUUCCACAAAUCACUAUCAGUGGCCGAGGAAGAUUUCAAACAAUUGCAACAUUUGGAUAAGCAAAUCAAAUCUUUCAAUGUUGGACCAAAUCCCUAUACAUGGUUCACAAUGGAUGCUCUUGAAGAAACUUGGCGGAAUCUUCAGAAAAUUAUCAAAGAACGUGAACUGGAACUUCAAAAAGAACAUCGGCGUCAAGAGGACAAUGACAAACUUCGUCGUGACUUUGCCCGUCAAGCAAAUGCUUUCCACCACUGGUUGACAGAAACUCGUGCAGCAAUGAUGGAAACGAGUGGAACCUUAGAAGAACAACUAGAAUUAUUGAAAAGAAAGGUGGCUAUUGAUGUGAAAAAUAAUCGAGCACAGUUAAAAAAAAUUGAGGAUCUCGGUGCUUUACUCGAGGAGUACUUAAUUCUUGAUAAUCGAUAUACAGAGCAUAGCACUGUUGGUCUGGCUCAAGCUUGGGAUCAGCUGGAUCAAUUAGCCAUGAGAAUGCAGCAUAAUCUAGAGCAACAAAUACAAGCAAGAAAUCAAUCGGGUGUAACUGAAGAAGCUCUCAGAGAAUUCUCCAUGAUGUUCAAGCAUUUCGAUAAGGAGAAAUGCGGCCGCCUUGAUCACCAACAGUUCAAAAGCUGCUUACGUGCACUGGGUUAUGAUCUGCCGAUGGUUGAUGAAGGUCAACCUGAGCCUGAAUUUCAAAGAAUUCUCGAUAUCGUUGAUCCUAAUCGUGACGGCUAUGUUACGCUACAAGAAUACAUGGCAUUUAUGAUUUCAAAGGAAACCGAAAAUAUACAAUCCAGUGAAGAGAUUGAAAGUGCUUUCCGAGCUUUAUCCAAAGAAUUCCGACCUUACGUGACUGCGGAAGAACUUUAUGCUAAUCUUACACCAGAGCAAGCGGAAUACUGCAUAAAGCGAAUGAAACCUUAUACGGAUGCGAUCUCCGGUCGUUCUGUGCCAGGUGCUCUGGACUAUGAACAAUUCGUUCACACUUUAUUCCAAAGUUAA